AUGGCAGCUUGCAGAGGAGUAGCAGUCAGAGUAUGUCAUCCCAAAAUAGCUCUUCAUAGACUGUCAGGGGGUGAAAUCAGAAUAUCCUUUCGCGAAUUUAGAAUUUCGGUUGAAAGACAUCAGAAUCUGACUAGUGAUUCAUUCCGACACGGCGGAUUACUGCUGACAUCCUUGGAGUUUUCCAAAAAAACAGUUCCCAAAAUCUGCACUCCAGCUACACUUUCAAGAAGCAGACGAUCCAUUGCACAUGGCAACCGCGCAAAUGACGUUGUUGUAGAAUCCAACACGCAGACAAGUGGAAAGAGCAGUCAUUUAGAAAGAAAGUUAAGCAAUGGCCCAUCCUUCGAACAUUUCCUUGCAAAUAUAAACGAUGGCUCGGGCAGUAAAUCAGUGGCAAGCUCUGAAGUUAUACCUUACCUGAACAAGUCAUUAUGGAGUGGAAGGGGAAAGAAAGUGUACUUUGAGACGUAUGGGUGUCAGAUGAAUGUGAAUGAUACUGAUAUAGCCUGGUCUAUCCUCAAACAGAAUCACUUCCAAAGGACACCAGAGUUGUCACAGGCAGAUGUAGUUCUCCUCAUCACAUGUUCUAUCAGAGAAGGAGCAGAGACAAAGAUCUGGAAUAGGCUGCGGCAUCUGAGGACCAUCAAGAAAAGACGCCCCAGAGGAGAAAAUAAAAGCCCUUUGAAAAUUGGCCUGCUUGGUUGUAUGGCAGAAAGGCUGAAGGCUGACCUCUUGGAAAAGGAGCACCUGGUGGAUGUUGUGUGUGGUCCUGAUGCAUAUAAAGAUCUACCCAGGCUUCUGUCUGUGACAGCCUCAGGACAAACAGCAAUAAAUGUUCAGCUGUCAUUGGAGGAGACCUAUGCUGACAUUGUUCCUGUGCGGAUCAGCGAAUCCUCCCCGUCAGCUUUUGUGUCAAUAAUGCGAGGCUGUGAUAACAUGUGCUCCUACUGUAUAGUGCCGUUCACUAGAGGGCGGGAGAGGAGUCGACCCGUCACGUCUAUACUUGAGGAAAUACGAUAUCUGUCUGAUAAGGGUGUUAAAGAGGUCACUUUACUGGGUCAAAAUGUCAACAGUUAUAGGGAUAUAUCAGAAACUAUUUACCACAGAAACAAGACGACAGUGUUGCCACCUGGAUUUAAAACUGUAUACAAAGCCAAGUCUGGAGGACAGCGGUUUGCUGAUUUGUUGGACAAGGUUUCUUUGAUCGACCCAGAAAUGAGGAUUCGAUUUACAUCUCCACAUCCUAAAGAUUUCCCAGAUGAGGUGUUACAGUUGAUCCGAGAUCGUCCCAAUAUCUGUAACCAGUUGCACAUCCCAGCACAAAGUGGUAACAGUGAAACACUGAAGGCCAUGAGGAGAGGGUACACCAGAGAGGCUUACCUGGACCUUAUACAACAUAUCAGGCACAUAUUACCAGAUGUGGCCCUAUCCAGUGACUUUAUCGCAGGGUUUUGCGGAGAAACGGAGGAGGCUCACCAAGAUACCCUGUCACUAAUGAGACAAGUUCAGUACAACUUUGUCUUCUGUUUCCCGUACAGUAUGAGACAGAAAACCCAUGCUUCUCACAGACUGAAGGAUGAUGUUCCUGUAGAGGUCAAGGCCAGACGCCAUCUUGAACUGACCAACGAGUUCAGAUUAAUAGCUGAGAGACUUAAUCUGUCGCAGAUUGGCCAGCAACAGCUUGUCCUUAUUGAAGGGGAUAGUAAAAAAUCUUCCCAAGACCUGGCUGGAAGGAACGAUGCAAACACCAAAGUGAUUUUGCCUAAGGUGGAGGUGCCUAGUGUUGAUGGCCAUGACAGUAUGCGAGCCUUACAACCAGGAGACUAUGUCGUAGUUCAGGUCAAUGCUGCCACCUCUCAGACAUUGAAGGGGAUUCCCCUGUAUUACACGACUCUGCAGGACUUCCACAGUCACUUACCAAUAUACCAGCCUUGGUAUGAUGCUACUUCCUGCUCUACAGCUUACGUGUGACACAGACUGCCGGUAUGACAGAUUGCUGUGUACAGUACAACUCUACAGGACUUUUACAGUUCUUUACCUGAAUCCCAGCCUUGGUAUGAUGCUACUUCCUGCUCUACAGCUUACGUGUGACACAGACUGCCGGUAUGACAGAUUGCUGUGUACAGUACAACUCUACAGUUUCACAGUUCUUUACCCGAAUCCCAGCCUUGGUACGAUGCUGCUUCCUUGCUCUAUAGCUUAUGUAGAGACACAGAUUGACAUUAUUACAUUGAAGGACUUUCACCAUCAUGAAGCAGGACUUCCUGCUCUAUAGCUUAUCUGUCACACAGACUGCCAAAAUAACAAAUGCCCCUGUGGGGCAUUAAUGGGCUUGUGACAGUUUCCUUUGUGUUUAAUGCUGAAAGCAUUGUUAUAUGUGUACGAUUCUCAGUAUUGAAACAGGAUUCUCCACAACUGUUAUAAAGGCCACAGGACAACGUUCUCUUCUCAGCAGCUUGAAGUGUGAUACAAACAACAUCAGCAUACCAGGGCUGGGCAUCCUUCCCUUUAACUCACCUUGAACUCAUUUGAGUUAAGGAAAAAUGGUGCAUGUGAUAUUUAAGUACAAGGUCAUUACAUUGAUAUGCAUAUGUACAUGUCUGGUGUCAGUGAAAUUCUAUUUAAAAUGAGCAGGCUUAUGUCAAGGUGCUAUGCAAACGAGUCCAUACUGGUGGGUUACUAGGUUAACUUUGUGCGGUUUUCUAGAUGUUUGACUUAGUUGCGUACAAAAAUCCUAUAAAAGUAUCUGAACGGUAAAUAUAACUGUAGAUACUGGCAGCCAUGAACAUUUUCAUGUACUUAGAUGUACAUUUGUACAUCAUUAUAUUUUGAUACUUCAGAAGUCAGUGUC